UAUCAACAAAACCAAAUCAAAACAUUAAAUUUUUUAUCCUUUCAUUUUAUCAAAUUUUAAGAACUGUUAUCAAGACAUUAUGUUUAGAUAAUAUACUAUUUUCUACCUUUAGUUUCUACGGAAUAUCGAUGAAGGUUGUUAACCAAAACUCAUUUAAGGCGAGAAUAAACAGAUCCAAGUGCCAUGAAUAGGUUAGGAGAGCCCCUUUUGGUAGCAAAAAUUCAACGGUUUUUCGGAAUAGAGCCAUUGCCGAACGACAAGGAAGUAUACCGGUCAGAAGCCAAAGAAAAACAAAACUAUGUAAUAAAAAAUAAGCUAUGGUAUUAUCUAUUUGUAUUUGGAACAGCACUGGGCGAUGAAGUCUUUUACUCAACAUUUAUACCAUUUUGGUUCUGGAACAUUGAUGGGGCAGUAGGUAGAAGAGUUGUCCUAGUUUGGGCAAUAUUAAUGUACAUAGGGCAAGGAAUAAAAGAUAUGGUAAGAUGGCCCAGACCUGGCCCUCCGGUGAUUCAGCUAGAAAAAAAAUGGGCUUUGGAAUAUGGAUUUCCAUCUACUCAUGCCAUAGUAGGAGUCUCCAUACCAUUUUCUGUCAUUCUCUAUACAAUGAACCGGUAUGAGUACAAUAUUGCCCUGGGAAUUGGUAUUGCUCUUUUAUGGUGCAGUAUUGUAUGUUUCAGUAGAUUGUAUCUGGGUAUGCACAGUGUUUUGGAUAUCAUAGCUGGGGUAGUUCUAGCUGUGACUCUUAUGAUUCCACUGGUGCCUUUAAUUGAUUAUAUUGAUGAAUAUCUUUUAGUAAGCCCAACAACACCAUUUUUACUUGUCACUUUAUCUAUUUUGAUGAUAUUUUACUACCCAAGUACCGGAAAAUGGACACCAACAAGAGGUGAUACAACUAUGAUUUUAUCAGUCAGUGUAGGAGUUAUUAGUGGUGCAUGGCUAAACUACCAAACUGGCUUAAUGACUAAGUCAGAUCUCGCUAUUCCACACAUAAUCAUGUGGCCUUCCUGGACUAUGUUUGGUUAUCUUAUUCUUAGAACACUACUUGGAUUUUUAUGUGUCCUGGCAACUAGACAAGUCGUAAAAUCCCUCUCUUACAGCUUCAUUUGCAUGCUUGUUAAGCAAGAUGAAACAACAAUAAAGCAGUCAAAAAACACUUGGCAGAACAAACAUAAAACGUUCGUAGAACUGGGGUGUAAGUACCUGACUUGCGGAGCUAUUGGCUUUAAUAUGUUAUAUACUUUGCCCCAACUGUUUAGGUUUUUGAAAAUUGAACGACCAACCUUCUUUACGGAGAUAUAAUUUUUUUUUAUCAUUUACUAGUCUUAUACACUUCUUUAUAUCAUAUAUGAGAUUAUAAUGUUUUUCUUAAAUUAAUUGUAUAAGUCGUACAGGUCACUUUUUUACAUAUCUAUGCAAAAUUUAUUGUUAUGUAAACCUCAGUUUAAAAGCGUAAUACCAAAUCUUCAAGAAAGAAAACUUAAUAUAUGCCAAAUAUUAGUAUUAUGAAAGUCUAUGUAUGUCAUUACAAAUAAAACUUUUUUUAAUCCAGCUGAUCUAUUAUAUAUUAACUUUAUAAGUAAAUGUUGUUCUGGAAUGGCAGACAUGUUCCAAAAUACUCAUUAACGAAUAAAAAUGGACGAGAACAGCCUUGAAUAUAUAAAAUUUAUUUAUUUAUUUAUUCCAAGGCAAAGGAAGUGAGGAGUCUAAAAUUUUAAAGUAUGCGAAAAAGUAUAAUCAUUUUACAUUUACACUGCCAAGAGACGCUUUGCACUUCUUUAAUAGCCAUGCAAUAAAAUAGUAAACCGGUUUUUACUAAUUUUAGAGUAAAUAUAAACUCUUACUCAACAUGUUUUAAAUCCAGCCCUUUUAGUGCAUAGUUUUAGAUUUAAAAUUCUCGUUAUUAAGUACAAGCCUUGUUCAUACUAUAUUAGUGAUUUUAAACUAUUCAAAUCUUCCAAGGGCUUCAGUAAUACACACGUGAUAUACUACUUUUAAAUUUUCAAGGAAACAAUCGCAAGGCAAAUGCUGCCUUAAAAAUAUAUUUGGACUUGGAUAUAUGGGUCCAGAAAAUAUCUUGCUGGAUUUUUUAGUUGAAAAUGAUUCGUAAAGCUGCUGGGCGCAAGCAAAUGGUUCUCCCUAAAAAAUAAAUCCUGUAUAUUGAGUCUAAAAUUAGCAAUUUUAAAGAUACUCCAUCCAUUUUUUAGAUGUAAAUCUAGUAAACCUUACUGCGUAGUUUAAAUAAAAAUUAAAGGAAAAUCUUAUUUGUUGAUUUUGCCUUACGUUGAAAUAUAUGUAAGUAUUAUGCCA